AUGCUUGCAGAACGUGGUCGCCAUUCGAUUUCAGUGGAAAGCGAAAAGCAUAUGUUCGAGAACAUGUCUGGAUUAGGAAGAUAUCCUCUUGGCAUCCCUUCGCUGUCUGACAGUUUUCUAGGCUCUAAUCAAAGAAGAGACAGGCUCGACUACGAUGACAGACGCUUCAGAGAACGCGAGAGAGACCGCAGAGACGAUGACUACAGGCGUGAUAGCGGGGGAUUGAGAGGAAGAAAUUCCCGCGACAGGUUUUCUCCUGAAGUAAGCUUUACUAUUUAAAUGAAAGGCCUAUUCUACCUGUUUAAAGACAAUUCUUUUCUUUGUAUGUUUAUAUGUGUCCUUGUCAAGCUUUUAUUUCUCAAGUAGUCUGUAGUUGUCCGCAGCUCUUUGAUCCAUAGAAUUGAAAACAACAUUCAAAUUGUACAUUAGUCAGACGAGUGGACAGUUGCUGUGAAAGAAGCGUUGAUCUAAGAGUGGAAACUGAAAGUGCGCGAAUUACUUUCUUGGGAAGGGACAUUGCAGUUUGUUUUUGUCAUUACAUGUAAUUUGGCUGACUGAGAAAAUGCUCAGAGCCUCAGACCCUUGUUGUAUUUCAGUGUGUGUGACCAUAAACCAAAAGGCUGGGAGCCUGUGUCAGCAGCUGUUUCAAAUCCUCAUUACUAUCCUGAUAUGCUGAGGUGCUUUUCACUAUACCAGACUGACUGGUCACUGAGCUAACCAAAAAAACACCACAACAAUAUUGUUUGAUGAAGGAGGACGACUGGCUUGAAGUAUUCCAUUUGGGUUUUUUUCGACAUAUUCACUUGUCCCCAGCUUAAUUUAACUGGAUACUUAGGUCAGCCCCCACCCUCCCACCUUUUUACUCGUUAUUGAUCCCAAAGGUAAGGCAUUACUCUUGGCUACAGUUUAGUACAACAUGUUUGUUACUGACAUGCAUUACAUGAAGAUAUCAACAGUAUCCUAUCAGCCCGAUUUGCUACUUACAAAAAUUAAUGUUGAGAAAAGCUUUUAUGAAUUAAAUGAUGCCUUCUCCUACCUUUUCCAUCUCAACAUCUGCAUAUCCAUAUUUCCUCAUUGAUGUAUUUUGCUUCAGGCUACUGUCACAUUAUUCAAGGGAGAAAACCAGAGGCCACCAUGGUUUUAGACAACAUGAACUACUGGCCAGUGGCAUUCUAUGUCUGCCUGCCUUCUUUACUCUUGUUUGCAAAUGUAUUUACAAACAUCAGCAAACUAAGAACUUUUGGUAAACUUUGUCCGUGAUGAAGGACAAAGUUUAAAAGAUCACAUUGUACACUAAUCUCUUAUUUUCAUGUGAAUUAAAAUGGAUCAGUUUGCUUUUGGUUAAAAAUACUCAACAUUUACAUCCAGAAACAGGGUGAGAUUAAAAAUAAAUUAAUCACUCACCCCUCAGGCAUUUACAAGUCCAAAGCAGUCCUACAGCUGGCCUACCAGUCCCCUAUUACACUAACAUUUACUCUUUCUUGGCAAAUGUUGCCUGUCCAUCGGGCAACUCGUUAUGAAAGCAAGCUAACCCAAUGGCUGGCUGCACUCAUCCUGGGCUGUCAGACAGCACUUUUGUCAUGCCCUGGAUUCAUCUUGCUCUCCCCUCUCCCCAAAAUGGUUAAGUCGAUUUUAAGUGGGGAGCAAGUGAAUAUGUCGAGGGCCUAUUAUUUUUUAGACCCAAUUUUUGGUUACUCUAGGUGAAAAUGAAAAUGAGGAUUUCUGAGAAUGGAAAGGAAAGGUUUGGUCAGACCAGGCUUACUGGAUGGUCAAAGAUUUUACUUUUGGAGGGGGACCAGUAAAUUUUUGUGGAAAAUUUCCAUCUAAACCAAACAGGUUCCAUCUAUGUUUUGUUAAUUUUAUUUGGUGUAUGCUUCAGCUAACAAAAAAUAUUGUCUACCUAUGUCUGAAAAGUGUCCAGAUGUUUGGAAAAGAGCGUGAAAGUCCUUGCAUACAACAGUUGUGUUUCUGUCAGUCUUGUGCUCUUGAUGGAAGGAUUUUUGGAGAGUACACAAAGAUUUGGGUUUGAUUUUAAUUAUCACCUCUUUUGUGGAAAAACACAUCACUGUAUGGCAAAGUGAAAGGUCGAACGUUCCUACUUUUCACUUAACACCUGUAACAACUGUACAAUGUUUAAAGGGUGCAGUCAGCAUUUUUGCACCAUCUUAGUUUAAGCAGUACUACAACAGAAUUCUCAUACCUGUUUGUACUAUUGUAUGAUAUUUCUUGAGAUUCUUGGAACUGAAAAGUUUCAGACAUAUGUAUAGUGAUGCAUGCAUCUAUACCCUUCUCAAACCUGCCUGAUCUUUGUAAGUUCCUGUUCUUCAUACUUAAGCAGUGGCCAUCAUGUCAUCUUCAAUGGUGGACUGUAAGUAUUGAAACUCUGUAAGUUUUCCACCUGAUGUAAGAACAUCAUUGGUUUUUGGAGUUUGGCAUCAUUGCACAUGAACAUUAUAUUUCUUCAGAAAAGAAAUGGCCGAUUGACAAUAUUAUUGUAUUUUGAUACUAACAACAUUCUUGCCUCUAUUUUAUCACUUUACACACAGCCUUCAUUCUCAUCAUCAUAUGAUGACCUCAGGCAAGGAAGUCACUCGGAUCUUGUCAGUUACCCUUUAGGACACCUGGGAGGUUCCAGGUCUGACCGCAACGUUGGUAGGAAUGAUAGAAAUCGCAAUCAGAACAGAGACCGCUAUCGCAACAACAGCAAUAAUCGGUCGCAGGGUAACAGAGGAGGCCCAUCAAACCAGGGACCUGGAAUUCUGGGUGCUAAGCCUGGUGAUCGUUCAGUCCCAGAACUUCCAGCAAAUCCCAUGCAAGUUCCAGGUCUGGUGAAAUUUUACUUUUGAUCAGUUUUUACAAUGUGUUCUCCUUUGUUGUCAACUUAGUAGUGGAACUUUGUCCACAUGCCCUUGUUCACCAGAUUUGCUCUGGUUUGUUGGUAAUUCUAGAAAUGUUUGGUGUGAAACUUGCAACAACUCAACUUAUCCUUUGGUCUCCCUGUGUUUUUUGUCCGCUGAAUAUGAAGUUUCCUCUUAACAUUCUGCGGUAUCUGUUUGUGAUAUUCUGUGGCUACUUCUGUUCAAGAUAGAGUAACUAAAGUGCACAGCUUCUUGUCUUUUAUGAACAGAUAAGUAUCCUAGCGACAAAACUCUCACAACAGGUUUCAGAACUUCUUCUGGUGUCUGGUCCGGCAAUGCAUUGUUAACACAACUCAUACAUAUACAUCCUUUUGUGUGUGUUGUCAUUGUUUUAUGUUGUGAACUUUAACAUCUCAAUAUCUUUAUCUUGUACAAUCUGUGUGUUUGAUAUUUCUGUUGGUUUAAUAUGUUAAAGCUCAUUAGCUGUUACAAGAUGAUGGAGUUAGUUUAACUGAUGUUUGCAAUAUCCUACACUAUAAUUUACCACUCUGUUUAUGUAUGAGUUUGAACUCAACACCUGAAAAACUUAGCUCUUAUGAUUUUGAAGAAAGCAGUUCUUGGUAGAUGGUAUUUAAAGCACCCAGACAUCAGCUUUCUUUUAUAAAUUGUUCAAAGAAGUGCUGUUUAGCCAUGUUGUACAUUCCUUUGGAUGGUUAUAGUGCUACUUGAGUGUAGUUAGUCAUGGAGAACAAAAAUAUUAUUUGGAAACUAGCAGAAUGAAAUGGUUAGGAAAUGGAGUUUUCAAUUCUUGUCUGUUCCCUUGUACAGCUUAGUGUACAUGUGGGCUUGCAUUCUUGCCUUUUUUUAUACCUGAAUUUGAAUGCAGUCAUGCAUACAAAACACCGAAUUAUUAUAUUAUACAACUGCUUCAUNCUCAACACCUGAAAAACUUAGCUCUUAUGAUUUUGAAGAAAGCAGUUCUUGGUAGAUGGUAUUUAAAGCACCCAGACAUCAGCUUUCUUUUAUAAAUUGUUCAAAGAAGUGCUGUUUAGCCAUGUUGUACAUUCCUUUGGAUGGUUAUAGUGCUACUUGAGUGUAGUUAGUCAUGGAGAACAAAAAUAUUAUUUGGAAACUAGCAGAAUGAAAUGGUUAGGAAAUGGAGUUUUCAAUUCUUGUCUGUUCCCUUGUACAGCUUAGUGUACAUGUGGGCUUGCAUUCUUGCCUUUUUUUAUACCUGAAUUUGAAUGCAGUCAUGCAUACAAAACACCGAAUUAUUAUAUUAUACAACUGCUUCAUUCCACGGUAUUAUUCCUGCGGAAUCCUGUAUGGUAGUGAACUGUAUCAUAUAGAUAACAAUUCCAAAAUAUGGCAUUUAUCAUCUUCUUGUGUUAGGUCCUACACAAUAUUAUUUGGAUUCUUACACAAUGUUGCUGAGAAACUUGAAUGGUUUUGUCAGAAGAUUGUUGUCUGGUUAGACUUCAGCAUUCCUCUAAAAAAGCACUAUUGACACUCCCAGUCGAUUUGCUAUAGAAAUCAGUGAUUGUGACUUACAGAAAGUACAUUUCUGACCCUUUCUGCGUACUAGUUGUGCUAUUCCACAAGACAGUACAAAGCAUUUUAAGAGGGCUGGCUCUGUGAUGCUUAAUACUGUAACUGUUACAACCACUUAAGUAGUAAAUUGAAAAAGCCUAAAGCCCUGCUUAUCAAAAACUGAAACAACUUCAGAUUGGUCUCCAUGCUAUUAAAUUUAUUCUGGUUACUGUUCACACAUACACAAGUGAUCUAAAAUGUUUCAGUGCUUCAGAAUAUCUGAUUUGCAAAUCUGACAUUGAGUUGCAAUUCAGUCCACUCUUUGGUGAUGGUCACCUCUGUACAACAGCCAUAAUGUGUUGUCACGGCCACCAGCAGUUUAUGGCCUGUGCUACUUAAUGGCAACAGCUAGAAUUUCAUUAGCUAGUAGUUGUGGUAAUCUUUACACAGUGGUUACAUAGUCUUUCGAAAAGUCCUUUAUUUUUUUCCUGGUUGGUUCUGUCAUGUUAAAGGACCUUUCAUACCUGUUUUGUGCGAAAUUUACCGGUCUCAAAUUCUACCAGUGACAUCAUGACAAUUGACCAAUUGAACAUUGACUGAUAUUUCAUGCUGCUAUAGAUACAGCAUAUGUCAAAUCAAAUCAAAUCCAUUCAGGUGAAACAAGUCGACCCCGAGACUUCAUCGCUUGCUCGGUCACUGAGUGACCUCAUACAAUGAAGCUUGCUUCGUUCACUUUUAAGAACUUACGAGAGGUUGACUUGUAGCAAGUCUAUGAUUACAAUACAGUCAACUCUCGCCUUGCGGACACCCUGCUAUAACGGACACCCCGAUAAUACGGACAGCAGCUAAAUCCCCAGCAAAAACAAAUUACAGAUGUUUGACUGAAAUCAACUCCCACUAUUACGGACACUCGCUAAUGAGGACACUAACUCGAGGUCCCCACAGUGUCCGCCAUAAAGGGAGUUGACUGUACCUUGAGAUACUUUCUUUUGUCACAGUCCACCAACACCAUUAAUCACGUGACUACAAUCAAGAAACUGCCAUGACCAAACUGGGUAGUGGUAGUAGCACAAUUGCCACUCAAAUCUUGGGAAUUUUAAUCCUUUUUUUCUUUUAAUGGGGGUCACAUAAUUUACGCCCCAUACAUAAUGGCCAUCAGUGUUACCCCAACAGUAGCAUUUGUGUAGGGGUUCAGUUGUUCUAGCAGCGUAAAUGGUUUCCAGGUAAUUUGUCAAUCAAGAAUGUGGUAUAUCUGCUUAGAGUCAUGCUCUGUUAAACAUACUGGAAUGCACAGGACCAGGUGGCUAUGUCCUUCAUGUUUCAUCUGACAACAACUUGCUGCAAAAUUCAUCAGUGACAUAAAAGGAUUUUGAAAGUUUUAAUGGCUGUGAUAUGUUCUAACUUUCCCCCUUCCAUUCCUAUACAAAGUUAUGGCAAGAUUAUUUGUCACACUAAUUUUGCACAAAAUCCUAUAGUGUUACCAUCCAAAUGAAACUUCUUCGAAAGGACAGAACGACUAAUCAUAGAAAUCUUAUGGUGUUACCAUUCAAAUGAAACCUCUUCGAAAGGACAGAACAUAAGCAUAGAUCUGUGUAGUAAUUUCUUAAAAUUUUACUUAAAGAAAUUUGAAUCUUUCUUUGACUUUCUUUGGCCACUAUUAGGUGUGAAGAGUAAGCCUGGUUUUUAUAUGUCUUGGAAGUCUCAGACUUUCAGAGAGUUUACUGAUUCCUGAAAACUUUGUAGACUUAUGAAAAGUAGGGAUGGUAGAUAUCCCCCAUCGUCUGGGAUGGUUGAGGACAAGUCAGGACAAACACAUCUCAGGUUUGUGUGAAGGGCUGUGUGCCUACCUGGCAUGUGAGAAGUCAAGUUUGUUCUGUUAGGAUGUCAGUGUCUGUCAGGCAAUUAUUGUUUUUACUUGGUCCCAGUACUUUAACUGUUUAGGUGUAGUCCUUCCCCUCAUAAAAUUACAGAACCUCCAAUUGAACUGUGUGCUAAUGACAAGCUAAAAGCAAGCCAAUUGGACAGUGUGCUAAUGACAAGCUAAAAGCAAGCUUGUUGAAAGAAACUUAAUGCAAAAUCUAAUGCUUGUUUUCCUCAGUCUUUGAGGUAACACUACACAAAAUUUUUAGUUGUUUUCUCGCUGUACGUGUCGUCAAUAGUUUAUGCCAAAAAUCGCUGCUUCAAUAAUUCUUGUGCUACGUGAUUCUUGUAGUGCACGACGAGAAUUGCAUUGUGCGCGAUGGGAUUCUUGUCACUCAGGAAAUGAGAUGCAACUGAAUUACUUUUGAGCGGUACUGUUAAUCAACGUGGCAUCUGGGACAGUCUCUGAGAUUUUCCUGACCGAUCAUUAAGAACAGUGUGUUCCCUGACCGUCUGAGUUUUUCCUGACAUGUAAAAACCAGGCUUAAAGAUGAUGCUAAACAGGGACAUGGUAUUAGCUCAUGUAAUUAUUAACAAAUUACAAGGACAGUAAAAAGUAUUGCAACAUUCAAAAAUUUGGCUAGAUUUAACCUUGUUUAGGCCAAACUUUGUUUAACUUAUUGGCAUUGUUAAUGCAAUAUUUGAGGGAAGAACCAACACUAGUAAAUUAUUCAACUAUUAAUGUCUGGAGUAGCAGCAUUUUCAGAAAAUGCCCUAUAUAUCAUGAUACUCUCUGUCCCUUUUUUCACUGUUAAUUUAACAGUGUACAUUAUUAAAAAUCCAGGUGUUGAGUUCAAAUUAUUGUUUUCAUGUCGUGACUCUUAAAAUCGUUUAAUUCUGUCCGUUCUGCCACAUUAUGUAGACUCUAGUUUUAUGCUGCCUUUUAAACCUGACUGAAAAUGACAGCCAGUGAUUUAAUAGUGCGCAAAUGAAAUAAAUAUUGGCCUAUGUCAAAUGAAAUCUUAAUGGAUGUGAUGUCUGGACAAAGAUGAUACCAAAGAUAAUCAUUUUGCAGAUGAAUUAAAACAUCUAGCUUGAGUGCAUGUGAAGUGUUAUACCACAAAAUAGCAUUGUUUCAGUGAGUGUAUGGCGGUAAUCUCAGUAGUCUCACCUACCUUGUUGCUACUUAAUCUUGUGGGUACUUAAUUUCGUAAUUUUGUUAAAACAGUAUUUCACAGAGUUUUAUUUUCGUGAUUUAAAUAAGCAAAUAUGAAAAAAGGACAUUAAGUUUUGUGAUUCAAGGGUCUUCAAACAUUCUCAACCUCGUUUUAGUUUUCAAAAAGUCUGACCUGUUUAGUUUCACCUGAAUUACGCAGGGUUAGGAAUGGCAGGCGGUGGCCUAGGAUCUGGUCUAACAGCCCAGCUAGCCCAACAACAGCAGCAGCUUAUGGCUAUGGUUCAGACUCAGUCACUGCUGGCAGCCAUGCAAGCCCAAGCCAAUGCUAACGCACAAGCCCAGGUCCAAGCGCGAGCUAAACAGGGCAUGCAAUCUUCUAUGGGACUUCUUCCCACGCCUUUGAUACCAAGGAACCAGUCAAGAGAUUUGCAGCGGCAGAAUCGCAAGCGAGGGCGGAAUGACAGCUGGGGUGGCGGCAACCAGGGAAACAAAAGGGAACGCUUUGACCACAACCGUCGACAGCAAGGAGGCUACAGACAACAGAAUAGAAACAGACCAAAUCAACAGAGUCAACAGGCUAAGAAGGCUGCAACACCUGAUAAACAGGAAACAAAGAAAGAGGAAGCAGUUACUGAAGAGGAACUGCAUGAGGAGGAAGAUGAAACUACACAAGGUAGUAAGCCUUUCAGUCAGUCCGAUAGUCAAUAUUUUGUUUCAUUUUGUUUUAUUAUCAUUUUGCCAUACAUACAAAAUAUACAUAUAAAAUUUUUAAAGAAAGAUGAGGCAAGGGAGCCCUUGGAAGCCAAUAAGGCUUGUGUAUAGGACCACCUUUAAAAUUAUGUUAUCUAAUUAAUAAUAAUUAUGUUAUCAAAUUAAUAAUAAAUAUUACAAAACUGACAUUGGCAAUUUAACUCUAAGUACACAUAAUUUGUUUGGAACAUAGAAAAUAAUCAUUAAAUAGGAUAAAAAAUAAUAGAAAAAGCUGAACGUGUAAGUGCAAAAACGAGAAAGAAAAGGUGAGAAAAAAUAAUGCAAGAAUAAACGUGAAAAAAAAAAGCGAAAGAAACGAAUGGCAUAGUGCACAGUUAAUACUAAUUUUCUAGAACUGAAACUAGCAGAUUCCUCACUUUUGUUUGUCUUUUGACUUUUGUUACUCUGUUUUCAUUGUGUGUUAAUUAUCAUGGUGUUUUUGCUGUUGGAUUUUUUUUUGUCAGGUGAGGAGGAAGUAGAAGACUUGAACACAACUAAAGAAGAUGAGCAAGUUCAAGACAAUGAAGUCAGUGAACCUCCAGAGUUCAAUGACCGUCCUCUUCCUAAGGCAGUUAACUUUGUUGGAGAAGAUGUUGAUGCUUUGAUGAUCUCUCUGUUUGACAAGAAAAGGUCGAAGUACAUUUGCCAGCAGUGCAAGAUCAUCUGUAACAUACCAAUGGUAUGUAUGUACAGUAUGUUCAAAUGGACUAACAUUUACAGUAGAAUUGCUUACUUAGAUACUGAAAUCCAUUGUGGCAAUUCAGAAAAAAUGCCUUGAAAUUUUUUAAUUGUAUAGUAACAGUUGUCUGGGUUAUAAAAAGCAGAGUUUAUGGAAGCAAAUGGCAGCUGGAACCAAACAAUCCAUGGACCAUACUGCAGGCUUUUGAGUUUACACCUCGGUAAUACAGUGCACACGACUGACACCUUGUUUCCAAGGGUUGUGUUUCUUUGAUCAAGAUAUCUCCUACAUAACUGAUCACAUUUUUCGUGGCAGAUGUCCAUCCUCUACUACUGUAAUUUUCUUAUUUUAGUAAUUAUGUCAAACACUGCGCACAGAGUUUUUUUUAGAAAAUGGACUGGAUUUUCAAACCACCACCAUCAUGCUAGAGAGUUCCACUGUUUGCUCUUCAUGAAUUAUUAAUGAGUUGAAAUGUAAAUAGUAUUAAUGUCAGUUGAUGCACUUAAAAUUUUUCUUUGUUCUGUUCAGAGUUUUCAUAAACAUCUCUUGGGAAAGAGACAUGCUCGGACUGUAUUGGAAAAGCAAGGAAAAGAACUUGAUGCAGAAGAAUUCAAAAAUUUCUGCCAGGUAAUGAAGUUCAAAUAUGGUGGUCAUUGAGAGUGUUUCUUUGGGCUCUGCAAGCAGAGUCUCCUUCUCUUCUUUACUCAUGAAUUCCAAAUCAAUAUUAGCCUGUAUGCAGACGUUGUUUUAUUUUCCUUUUUGUUCUUUUGCAAAACUUCUGCAAGUGCAUGAGCAAGGCGAGCAUGCGAGUGAAGCAUGCAAGAGCGAAUGUGGAGCGUGAGAAAGACUAAUAAAUUCUUCUCCCCCCACCUCUGCCCCCUUGUGCUGGCGGUCAAUAAAUCCCCUGCGGUUUAUUAUUUAUCAUGUGCGCUCAACAGACUUUGAAUAGAAAAUAGAGGGUCUGUGAACAGGCUAAAUCAAUAUGGUCAGAAAUAUCACAGUGAAGCACACAUUAUUUUUAGCUAGAUUAGGCUAGUGUUCCUGAUAAGCCUUUAUGAGAGAUCUUUAUCUCCUACAUGUAUUUGUACAAGGAAACUACAUCUGUGAAGAAGUCAGAGACGGAGCAAGUCACAGCAGUACCAAAAGAUGAGGAAGAAGACAAAGUUGAAACUGCAGUGUUAUCAAGUCCAUCUGCGGAUGAAGUUAACCUUGACUUUGUCAAGUACACUUGUGAUACAAGAAAGACGGCAAUGAAAGAAGGAAACAUCAUCACUAUAUCAUCUGUAACUCAGUCAAGAGUUAGGAUUGAUGGCUUUACGAGUGGAAGAAACAUGUCAGGUACAGUGAGCAGACAACACUACAAUACAAUACAAUACAAUACAAUACAAUAUUCUUUAUUUAACGAAGGUGACGUAAUAACCCAAUGAGUUAUCUAACUUACGUCCUUCACAACAAUACACUGACUAUCAACUGAUAUUUUUUGAACUUUCUAGAGACAUUGCAAUCAUAAAAAAAAAAAAAUAAAAAACUGAGACAGUUCUUCAUAUUGCAAUAAAUAGAAUUCGGAUCAGUUGAGGUUUUUGGAUAUCUGACCACCUACCCCUUCCCUGAGUUGACAUUAACACGUACUUCUCACUUGAGGCAAAAUUGUGACUUGAGGGAAGGGUAGGUGGUCGGUUACCCAGAAACGUCAACUAAUUCUAGUAUGAUAUUAUUAAUCUUAAUGUUAUUGAUAAUUGUUAUUAAUCGUGCAGUGGCUCCCAAUACGUGUAUUACUACAUGCAGAUGCAGGCUUCAUAAAAAAUUUUCUCCAUACCGACGCAGUGUAAUUUUAUGAUAAUCCUUGUUUUUGGCCCUUAGUCAAUGGCUCGACAAAUUAUCAGCAGCGUGUUUUAAAUUUCCCUUAAACCUGGUUGGCAAAUCAAUAAUGGCUUUUUAACAAGCCAGUCAUAGUUGGCAGUCAUUGGCCGCCCGGAACAAGGAUUUCAAUGGUGGCUAGCAGACGGACUUAACCAGAGGUUAAUUUUCAUCUGUGGCACAGGCUAGGCUUAGAUCUCCUUCUCAGCUAGAAUUUGCAUGGUUAUUUUAUUUGCAUGUGCUUGUAACUUUUUAAUAGCCAUGUCUUCAUGUAUUAAAUGAAAGUUUGGUUUCAGGUUGUGAGUUUGUGAAAGCUGUGUCAGGAUUUAAUUGCCGCCUUUGCAAGACUUUCAUUCGCUGUGGAAAUGAUGUGAUCAAUCACAUCAAAGGAAAAAAGCAUCAGAUUAAUUAUAAGGUAAUAAUAAUCGUGACAAUAAUAAUUAUUGAAACUGUGUGCUUUGUGCAGAAUUUUGAACGAUCAUUGGGAGACUGACUAGAGUGUGGGUGUUUGGUUUCAUGGGUUCAUGUCAUCCUUUCUCUCAGUAAUAUCAUUUCAUCUUGACAUUAAUUAUUUUCCCUUUAUCUGUAUUUUUAUUUAUUUUCUUUGGAAAGCUUAUUUUGAUUUGUUCACGUAGCUAUCUCGAUAUUAAAAUUAAAAAAGCUAAAAAAAUGUUUUUUUUUUCAAAUCAGACCACUUAGUUUGAAGGAAGGGAUUGGAGAACUCUAGUUACUGCUUUAUCAGACUCUUGUGACUGUCUUUACUGUAUGUUUGAUUGAAAGCAUUACCCAUAUUAUCAUUCUAGACCUACAUCCAAGAUCACCCACAAUAUGAAAAUCAUCAGAUGACACGUAAUAAAGAACUGGAGGCAGUGCUUGAACCAAAAGAAGGAGAAGAAGUUGUCUUAUAUGAAGUACUUGAUAAGGACAUUAAGCCGCCUUCUACCAAGACACGAAGCCAUCGUAAAGACUCACACUCUGAACAGUGUGAUGAGGUAAGCCCAGUUACCGUAAAUGACCUGAUAAGCGCCUACUUCCAAGUAAGCGCCUCUUGUCUAAUAAACGCCCCCUCUACGUUGUUAACCUUUGGACUAGCCUGUGCCAGGCUCUCAGAUAGUAUAGUGCGGACGUAUUAAAACGAGCAAAGCGAAAAUAAGACGCGUGCGACUUGGGAAAGGGGUCUCUCCCCAGCCCCCACGCGUAUUUCGCAUUUCUUUUUACUGAACGACUUUUCACCACUAUCUCGGAGCCUGGAACAGCUACCCUUGGACGUGCACGCAAAUUCAUACCCCCACCAUGAUACAAAGGUGGGGGAUGGAACCCCUCCCUGGAGUUUCUGAUAUGUUGCAGUAUUUUAAGAGGAUUUUACCUUUAGUGGAAAGUAAUUAGCCAAAGCAAAGUUCGUGUCGGGGAAGGGGGGAUGGAAUUUUUCCAAAACGAAAACACGUGAUACUGACGUCAUACUGAGUCCCAGUUUCCCACAGUGCACAAGAGUCAAAUCUUACCAUUUUCUUACAGGUACAGAUAACUAGAUUUGUAGUCGCUCCACAGUCUUCUGACCAAGAAGAGCAACUUCGAGGUGAGGAAGCAGCUGACUUGGAUGUGGACAUGGAAGGUAUGGACCAUGUGAAUGAAGACUCUUUCAUGACAGACGAAAGUAUUGAGGAACAACGAGAGACAACUGCGACAGGAACAGAUGAAGGAGAAGCUUUGUAUGAUCCUGCAGAGAUUACUAGUGUUGAGGAAUCCCAGGAGAGUCAAAUAGAAACUGCUCCACAACUUGAAGUAAGUUCUUCCUGCAAUUUCUUAUGGAACGCGAAGUGCUGCAAGAUUCACAUGUUUUUGCGUGGCCCUACAGUUAUUAUUUUUUUCUGUCUUUUGUGAGUUCAACACAGACUGGGUUUUUCUUUGUCUUUGUACAGCCAAUUUUGUUUGCUCGAAAGUCGCUUUGAGAAAUAGUUGCCUUUGAAAAUCAGGCGUUCGCCCUUAAAAUUAGUAAUUUGCAUAUCUCCCAUAAUACACCUCGUUUGUAGCCUGCGAACAGCAGACGCAUUUCCGGUCGUCGCUUCUCUCCCUCCGCCAACUGUGUACCAGGAUUUGAGCUAUUUUCGGAGAAAGAGAAGCGACGACCGGAAAUGCGUCUGCUGUUCGCAGGCUACCUUGUUUGCCACUCCAAAAUUUUGCCACAAGAUAGAUCAUUAUUAAUUUUCCUUUCUCCAAUGUGACAGGAGACCGAGGAUUAUAUUCCGUUGUCUACCGAUACAGCAGUGAACUCCGAGCCUGAGGCGGCCAAAGAGCCCAUGUCGACAACGCCAAGACGCGCCUCCAAUCAGUGGAAAGAGCGAGAUAAUGACUCUGAGAGCAGUUCACCAGAUGACAUAGAAGACAUACCCAUUAAAGAGGUCACUCCCCCAGCUAGGCGUGGCAAAAAGGGUGCGGCAAGGGGAGGGGCUAGAGGAGGUGCAACUCGCGGAAAAGGGCGUGGUCGAGGGGCAAGGAGAGGUGCAAAAGCUUCGGUUGGAGGAAGGGCUUCUAAAGCUAAAAAGACGAAGGCGAAAGAAGGCGCUGACAGUACCGACGACGUGAACUUAAUAGAGGGUUUUGAAGUCAUAGAUGAGAUAGGCGAUGGUGAAGAUUAGAAACGGCGAAGCGUAGAGUUAGUACAUUUACUCAGUGCUUUUGACUUUAAAUAGUCUAAGGUCGAGAAGGCUAGCUUUUUCUACAUGUCAAAGACCGACAGAUUUUAGGUUUCUUCUUUUCUGUAAUUUUUAGAGCAAGCAAUAAUAUUCUACGGAUUGUGAUGUCGCUUGUAGAACCCCUAUGUUGGAAUUUGCUUUUUAGCUUUAAAGAAUUUUCAUACUAUUCAUAGUUAGAAAUUUCAGUAGCUUUUCUCUGAAAAUUUUUGUUUCUCGUAGAGAUAACAUUUACAUGAUAAUUCAGUGGUUUAAGUUACCUUCUCCUCUUCAUCUCUGUAUUUGUAAAUUUCCAUCCUUAUUAAAUCAGCGUUCUAAACUGUUG